CAUUCUUCCUUCUCUCUCUAGAUAUAAUCUCUCUAAACCCUCCCCUCCCAAAAGCCUAGGAAAUAAAAGUCUGUUGGUUGCGGCUAAGUCCGAUCUGCCAUCAGAAAAUAUUUCUUAGGUUUUUUUCUCAAAAACCCGCCGAGCCGAGCCGAAGCUCUGUCCGAAUUACGCCGAAAAAAUGGCCGAUUGGUGGCAAGGAGAAGGAGUUUAUGUUGAUGAAUUUCAAGCGGUUGGGGAGGACGUCGAUAUAUACAACCAACGGUAUUAUCUCGAGCAAGGACCGGUGGAUCCAACCGAC